AUGGAAAUAAGUAUUCCAGGAUUCAGAGAAGUAAAAGUUGGGAGCAAGAAUUAUAUUCUCUACACUAUAGAAAUCGUAUUCGGAGAAUGGCGAAACACUAUAGAGAAAAGAUAUUCUGAGCUGUUAGAACUCCAUCAAGUUAUGAAACUUAUGAGAAGGGUUUUAAGCAAGCCACUUCCUCAUUUCCCUGGACAAAUGAUAUGGAAGCAAGUGUUCAAAAAAUUGAAACCUGAAGAGAUAAAUAAAAGAAAGGAAGAUUUAGAACGGUAUUUGCAAGACCUCGUCAGAACUGACUGUGCAGCAAAUAGCCGAUUCUUUGUAGAGUGGAUGGGCAUCCCUCAAAGAGUUAGAAAUGAAUGGAUUGCUGGAGCACAUUGGGAAGGAAGAAAUAAUAUUCUUGCUCAGCAACUACAGUUAGUAAAGUAA